AUGAGCCUCGGUGAUGUUCGAGAUGAUGGAGUCGGCCUUGCGACAGGACAGCGGUUGUGCCGAAACGACCAUCGCGGUGGUAACUUUCAAUGCAUUUUAGCGCCAGGGCAACCGCGCGACGCCCCUCCAACCCUCGUCCCAUCAACAAGCCUCCUCAAGUUCCACCAGCCACAAGCCCGGCAGAUCACGCGCCGAGCGUCUCUUCCCAAUCUAUCGCGUCACUCCACAGAGGACGCAUCGCGACUCCCUCAAAUUACGUUUCGCAAACAGCACCGGGACACGUCGCGAGUCGAUGUCCAAGGCCAAAGCCAGGGCUCACUUGUUGCAGUUGGCCGCAAGGCUGCAAACAAAGUCACCAAGCCGGCGCCGAAGACGUCAGCCGCAGGGCGCCGAGCCAGCGACCGAAUUGCCGAAGCUGUCGACGAGGUUACCACGGGUCAUAAGCCGAGCAAUACAAAGGGGGCCCAGGCGAAGGGGUCAGGGCGUGGGCGCAACCGUGCCGCGGCUGCUGGUGAGGAGGAGGAGGAGGCAGAGGAAGAAGAUACGGUUAUGUCAGAGGCCCCAGCGCCGAAGCAAAAGGGUGCUCGUGGCCGGCCAAAGAAGGCGGCGGUGGAGGUCGAACCACAACCUACUGCUGCGCGGCGAGCGAGGAAACCGGCCGCGAAGGCCGAUGAGCCGGAUACUACAACCGGGGAGGUCUCCGAAAUCCCCGAGACGCAGCAACAGGAUGCAACACAAAGUGAUCUGGACGAUGAACAUGACGACUCCGUUUCGCGGACCCCAGAACGUGCAAAGGUCGGACGUGGUAGCCCCCCUGUCCCAAGCAGCGUUUCGAAGCGGCCUUUACACCCCCUGUCUCCGGAGAAGAGCGAUCCCGCCGUACGCCGUCGGCUCGGAGAGCUGACACAAAAAUACGAGACGGCCGAUCAACUCAUCGCAAGCCUGAAGGCUGAACUUUCCGCGACUAAGGGGAGCGCUAAAUCCAUUCAACAACUCAAAAAGCAGCUUGAGGAAAGCGAAGCCAAAGCCGACGGCCUGCAAACCAAGUUCACCGAGUUAACAACCUCCCUCACCGAGUCCAAGUCUGAGAUCAGGUCCCUCAACCUCAAACUAGCCGCCGCCCGAAGCAGCGAAGCAGCCGCGAACGCCGCCGCCAAGGUUCCGGGCAGCGCAAUGAAAGGGUCAACAGGCGCCUCCCGCCUCGCGGCAGCCAACGCGUCUGAGGCAACGCUGGCAGCACAGAAGAAAGAGAAUCUGUACGGUGACUUGACUGGUCUGAUCGUGCGCAGCGUCAAGAGAGAAGGCGGCGAGGAUGUAUUCGAUUGCAUUCAGACGGGACGAAACGGGACGCUCCACUUCAAACUAGCAGUCGAGAUUCUGCCCGAAGAGGGCGAGGCCCACUGCCACUACACGCCCCAGCUCGACCCCAACCGGGACAGGGCGCUGAUCGCCGUGCUUCCGGGGUACCUCGUGGACGAGAUCUCGUUCCCGCAGUCGCAAGCGGGCAAGUUCUACGCGAGGGUGCUGAAGGCGUUGAAUGAGGCCGCCGAAGAGUGA